AUGUCCGACGAAGCAACCAAAACUUUUGACGCAAAGAUCACCAAACUCGGCGACGAGCUCGCAGGCCUCACCCUCAAGGAAGCAGUCGACCUCGGUGACUACAUGAAGGAUACCUACGGCAUCGAAGCAGCAGCAGGCGGCGCCGUCAUGGUCGCUGGCGGCGGCGGUGGCGACGCUGGUGGUGCAGCGGAAGAGAAGUCCUCGUUCGAUGUCAUCAUCAAGAGCCCUGGCGGCAACAAGAUCCAAGCGAUCAAGGCAAUCCGCGAGAUCACUGGUCUCGGCCUCAAGGAAGCAAAGGCUCUCGCAGAAGAGUCCGGCGCGAAGGUCAAGGAAGGCGUCUCCAAGGACGAAGCAGAAGAAAUCAAGGGCAAGCUCGAAGAAGCUGGCGCCGAGAUCGAACUCGCUUAA